AUGAGUUCUGAAUCUCUAUGGAAGGAAGCUAAAGAUACCAGUGGUAGAAUUUACUAUUAUAAUGCCAAGACGGGUGAAUCUAAAUGGGAAAAACCAAGGGAAUUGCUAAGUGAGCAGGAACUAAUACUCGCAAAGCAUGGUUGGAAAUCCUCGAAAACAUCUGAUGGUAAACUGUACUAUUACAAUGCACAGACAAAAACUUCAAGAUGGGAAUUACCUGACUUGCCUGAAUUCAAGAAAGAAGUCAAAAAGGAAGACACUACGAUAACUCCAGAGGACAAAGAACCUGCACAUGAAACCGCCGAUAGAUAUGCAAACCCAUCUCAAAUUCUGCAUACUUCUAAAAAGCCCAAAGAAGAGGCUGCAAAGGAGUUUAUUCAGAUGUUAAAGGAUAAUCAAGUGGAUUCCAUAUGGUCUUUCAGUAGAAUUAUCUCCGAGUUGGGCUCAAGGGACCCUAGAUAUUGGAUGGUAGAAGAUGAUCCACUUUAUAGGCAGCAGCUUUUUGAAGAGUAUUUUACCAGCAGAUCAGAGGAACAACUGCUCAAGGAACGCAUGGAGACAAGCAAAUUUAAUGAAGCAUUUUGGAAAAUGUUAAAGACAAAACCUCAGAUUCAAUACUAUACAAGGUGGUCAACAGCGAAGCGUUUAAUUGCAAAUGAACCAAUUUACAAGCACUCGGUGGUGAAGGAAUCUGCUAAGAAACAAAGAUUUUUGGAAUAUGUCGCCAACUUAAGAGAAGAACAUGAAAAAUCUCAACGACAACUCAAAUCACAGGCCUUGAAAGAGUUGCAGGAUUAUUUAGAAAAUAUUCUUCUAUCUUCAGAUACUGGAACAAAUGGUAAUAAUACUGAUUUCCCUCUGAUGAAAUGGCAAAGUUUGGCCAACAACUAUCUGUUUGAAAAGAACAAGAGAUAUAUGGCUAACAAGCAUUUUAAAAUACUAACUCAUGAAGACGUUUUACAAGUUUAUAUGGAUAUUGCCAAAAAAGUGGAAAAAAACCUGGAGGACAAGUUGGCAGCUUUACAAAAGGUAAACUAUACAAAAGACCGUGUUGCUCGUGAUGGUUUCAAGGAAUUGCUUCGAUCCCCUGAUAUCAAAAUACGAGCUAAUUCCAAAUGGCACGAUAUCUACCCGUUAAUUAAAAAUGAUCCAAGAUUUUUGCAGAUGUUAGGUACUUCGGGCUCAUCACCGCUAGAUCUAUUUCUCGAUGUGGUAGAGGAAAAAUCAAUCACGGUCGCAGCUCAAAGGUCUAUUGCGCAAAAUGUGCUGAUUGAAAAGAGCUUUCAGUGGGAUGAAAGUGAUGUUAAUAACAGUAGACAAACCAUCAAGGGUCAUUUAAGGGAUAAUGAACAAUUUACCAAUGUAGAUGAUUACGACAUGGAUUUAAUUAUAGACCAAUUAGAACAGCUGCAAGGUGAGAAACAAAGAAAACAGAAACUUCUUGAACAAAGGGCCUUCGAAGAAAAGAAACACUUUUUCAAAUUAAUGCUACGAAGAAUCUAUGGAGUUGUAAAACCAAAGCCUGAAACUUGGGAAGCUGCAUUAAAAGAUAUCCAACAUACAAGAGAAUAUCGAGAACUUACCGAUGAGUACGUUAAAAGACAAUUAUUUGAUGAAUUCAAUCCUGAAAUACCACAUGCUAGACCCAGGCCGUCUGUUCCUUAUAAUCCGAAAAAACGGCCAUUGGGGCCAGAUAUUGAACUCGAUUACUGA